AUGACGACGACGACCACGGCAUACUGGGGGAAUGGAGCGACCAACCACAAGACCCAUGGGGAUGUCGAUACUUAUAUGUUCAAUCUUGAUCAGACGACCAGCCAACUCCUGCUAGACAGGGCGAAUGACGCGUUGAUUACGCAACCCAUGGAGAUUAUCCAGGCUGCCGUGUUGCACUCCCUCGUCCAACAGUUCCCGGACCAGCCAGCCCCCGUUGUCUUCUCUGAAAAGCCAUGGCCUGGCGGCUGGGUGAUUGCUGAACCAUGUUGGAAACCGCACUUAUCGAGAAACGGCAUGGAAAAGCAAUACACGCAGCGUGGCAUGUUGUCUACGGGGGCUAUUUCUGGCUAUCCUCAUCCACUGCGAACUGCGAGGGUUGGGCUGCAUGGAACAGUACAUAAUUAG